UACAAUUAUUUGUUGUUGUAUUUGUUUUUUUUUUACUUUCGUUGCCACGUCAAAAUUCCACUAAAUGGCGCCAGGUUUGCGCAUUCUGAUGCAAAUAUAUGUCGCCGCCUCCGUCUACAUUGUCGUCACCGUCAUUUUGCUGCUGUCGCUGGCCCACAACAUUGACGUCGGCUGCCGCGUGGGCUUCUACGUGCGGCACCGAUAUCCCUACAACUGGAUCUGCUGCUCUGUGCUGGCGCUGCUAACGAUGCUCGCCCAUGUGUUCAUAAUGCCGCCGCAGGAGCCCACCUGCCUGUACGCUGUGCUGGAGGUGCUGCUGCUGAUGGCGUUCUUUCUGCUGCUCGGCACCUGGCUGCCCUCCCAGUGCCCGCCCCUGCUCUACAUCGGCUUCGUCUGGCUAAUUGUCGUUGUGCUCGUCGUCACCAUACUCCGCGCCUGGUACUUGCUGGGCGACCAGCAGCAGCGCACGCUGCGCGCUGUGCACGGCGUGCUCGUUGGACUCAUGUGUCCGCUAAUUUUGCUGCAGUCUCAAGUCAUCCACGGCAAGCACAACAACGAGCCGCCCAUCCUCGAUGCGCCGCUCUGUGCGCUGCUGCUGCUUGUGGACUUUAUUGCCUGCCAAGCGUACAUAAGCUCAGCCGAAGAAAUUGACUUUGGCUACCAGGUGUUGACCGUCAGCUACUUCAGGCUAUACCAGCGAGUGCAAAAGUUCCAGUAGUCAGCGCCAGGCAGAAAGCUCAGCUAUUUUUUUUAUUAAAUGACUUUUUAAUGUAAAUGGCGAUUCGCUUUAAGCAAAGUUUGAUAAGUAUUGAGUAUUAAACGCAAACAAU